CUGCUGCAGGAAGUGACCAUGGCAGGGCUGCACGAGCUGCGAUUCACCGAGGAGAAGCCACUGCUGCGAGGCCAGGAUACCGAGCUUGAGCAUUCAGAUACGUUCCAUUCCGCGGUGGACACGGACUGGAAGGAGCAUGAUAUCGAGACCCCAUACGGGCUGCUGCAUGUGGUCAUUCGGGGGUCCCCAAAGGGAAAUCGCCCGGCCAUCCUGACCUACCAUGAUGUUGGACUCAACCACAAGCUGUGCUUCAACACAUUCUUCAACUUCGAGGACAUGCAGGAGAUCACCAAGCACUUUGUGGUGUGUCACGUGGAUGCACCAGGGCAGCAGGCCGGAGCGUCGCAGUUCCCACAGGGGUACCAGUUUCCAUCCAUGGACCAGUUGGCUGCCAUGCUCCCUAGUGUGGUCCAGCAUUUCGGGUUCAAGUACGUGAUCGGAAUCGGCGUGGGAGCAGGAGCCUAUGUCCUGGCCAAGUUUGCUCUGAUCUUCCCGGAUCUGGUGGAAGGGCUCGUCCUGAUGAACAUCGACCCCAACGGCAAAGGCUGGAUUGACUGGGCAGCCACCAAGCUUUCUGGCCUGACCAGCUCUUUGCCUGACACCGUGUUAUCUCACCUGUUCAGCCAGGAAGAGCUGGUGAGCAACACGGAGCUGGUGCAGAGCUAUCGGCAGCAGAUCGGGAGUGUGGUGAACCAAUACAACUUGCAGCUGUUCUGGAACAUGUACAACAGCCGCAGAGACCUGGACAUUAACCGGCCCGGGACUGUCCCCAAUGCGAAAACACUUCGCUGCCCCGUCAUGCUGGUGGUGGGGGACAACGCGCCUGCCGAAGAUGGGGUGGUGGAGUGUAACUCCAAGCUGGAUCCAAUCAACACCACAUUCUUGAAGAUGUCCGACUCUGGGGGGCUCCCACAAGUCACACAGCCCGGAAAACUGACCGAAGCCUUUAAGUACUUCCUGCAAGGGAUGGGUUACAUUGCGUACUUGAAGGAUCGGAGGCUGAGUGGAGGAGCAGUGCCCUCGGCCAGCAUGACCCGGCUGGCCCGCUCCCGCACUGCCUCCCUCACCAGCGCCAGCUCGGUGGAUGGCAACCACCCCCGGGCCUGCACCCACUCGGAAAGCAGCGAGGCCAUGGGGCAGAUCAAUCACACCAUGGAGGUAUCGUGCUGA